AUGGCAGUGGGCCAAGUCUCACAGGCAGAGCAUGUCCUCAAAGCCGAGUGUUCCGUUGAGCAUCUGAGCAACAAGUGCCUUUCAGGGCCUAGGGGCCUAACAUUCGUGCAGGCUUGGCCAGAUUUGCCGGCAGCCUCUGCCAUCGCUGGGCUUCAAGGAGGAGCUUCACCGGCAUUCUCGCAGGUACCUUCCACACUCCUGGUCGUUAGUCCUGCCCUCUCCUUGCUGGGCAAGUCUUCCGCCUUCCGAGCGCUUUGGUCGCACGAGGGUUGCGGUGCGGGCCGAUUCGAGCCUUCAGAACUGCAGCUCUCUGCAAUCGCCUGGGCCGGCUUCUACAGCUCCUUGCAAGCACCCGAGGCCUCCGAGCUGCCUCUGUUGGCCCUGGAGCCCGUCCUCGGAAGGCUGCAGGAUGCCGAAGAGCUGCGGCUGAUGGCGGUGACAGGAUCCACCCUCCAGCUCAGCGAUGGCAAGAUUGUUGCAUGGGGCACUUCAGAUCCCAGCGCUGAGUGGGAGGCGGCAGCCACAGAACUCGCCCGGAAGCUUUGGCACAGCCUCUCCGUGAAACGCUGCCAUGGCGCACUGCAGCAGACGCUGUCCGGACUCCGGGAGAAGCUCCUGGAUGAGAAGACGGGCCAGAAGGAGGCAGAUGCCGUGCUGGAUGUUCUCGUAAAGCUGCAGGGGGCCUUUGAGAGCUGGGAGACUACGGCCCUGAAAAAUCAUGGGCCGAUCGGAGCACUGACGGCACAGAUUGAUGCUCGGCUUCUGAUCCAUCCAGAGGCCCUGAUGACAAGCAUGCUGAACUCUUUCGAGAUGCUGCAGUGGUUGCGGAAGAUGCCCGAUGACUCAGACUACUUGGUGCGAAUCGAAGUCGCGCUCAACAGAUCAGAAAUGGAAGUUCCUAUGGAGCUGUGGCUCGCUGCAGAAGGUCGCGUCGAUGAGAGCAAGCUGUCGGCACUCACAGCGGUGCGGACGACGCUGCACGACCUCAUCUAUCGUGCAAAGAGCGGCUUCUCCACGCUGGAUGCCCUGCUGGAGUCCCUGUCCAGCCUGGAGCAUUCGACGGAGCUUUCAGGCCUUGUCGAAGCCCUGGACUUCGCCUUCUCCCUGCUGGGACCCCUCUCGGAGCUCUUGGGUGGCAAGGAUGCAGCGUUGGCACGGAUGCUGCAGAUGCUGAAGCCUACUAGCUGUGCCCGUUGGCUGCUUUGCUAUCCAAGGCUGGCAGCACCCAGUCCGGCAGAUGAUAAGGCACAGGAGGAAGAGGAGGAGACACUGGCACAGACACCUGCGGAAGCGCGGAUGCUGUACCUCAUGCUGAGCAGCCCAGGCUGGCUCGUUGUGAAGCUGACUUGGGAGGUUUCUUUCGACGCCAAUGGUGGUCUUUGUGGUUGCGGUUGGAUAGGGAUCUGCCUGGCCUUUACCUCAGCAUCUUUCCUGGAACAUGAGCCGGUGGCCAAGCUAAUUCUCGGAGUGAUGUGGUGUGGCUUUCUGGGCAUCAUGGCAAUGUCGGCAUUGCUUUUAGUCCGUGCGCCCACCGUCGUCAACCUCAAGCCCGGUCUUGAGUUCGUGUGGGCGCGCAUGGACUUCGACACGCUCAGCGCCGCAUCCGCCACCCCGGAAUUUUAUGUCAUGCGCUUAGAGGCAGGAGCCAAGCCGCAGAGGGAGCAAAAAGCCAACCUAUCCUGGACGAAGCCGUGGGCACAGAAGACGUGCCUUUGCUGUUUGGAUGAUUUCAAACAGGAAGACAAGGUGGCCCUGUGCGUUUUUGUUGCUGAAAUGGUUGGUGCCGCUCCACCGGUGCAGUCGAAGUCGCACCCACCACCAAGCUUCUUCUACACUUUCCCCGGCAGGAUGAACAGGGGACUUCUCGCGGCAAAGCUGGUACUUGACUGGCCUGCCGCCUUGUCCAGUCCCGGAAAAGUCGACUGCCCGCCAUUCCAGCUGCCCCUGCUCGGGCGUGGUUCGCCGAAGUUGCAGUUCCUGCAACGAGCUGCACGCUGCGCAGGUUCGGUCCUUGAUGACUUGCGUGUGGCCGGGCAUCCAGACUACCAGGAGAUCCACGUGGAGUGGCCGCUCUCGUUGGGGCUCAGCGACAUGAAGAGUCAACUCCAUGCACUCCGUGAGCGGCAGGCGAACUGGCGCCAGAACUUGAUCAAGGCGCAGCAGACCUUUCCGGUCCUGGGAUUCUUCGCUGCGCGUCAGCUCGGCUGUCUCCUGAAUGCCGUGUCGCAUGACCUACGUGAGCACGCGGAGGAGGUCCUGGCUGCAGUUGCGUCGACGUGGCUUUGGCAAUCGCAGGCAGAAGCAUGGUCCUCGGAUCUCCUGAAGCGCUGCCGGCUCCAGACGGGUGCAGAGGACAAGGGCACUUGGCUGGAUCAGAGUCGAGCUAUCGCGAUGAUG